AUUGCCUCUUCCUCCUCCUCCCCUCCAAGAGAACGAUGGACUUUGAUGAUUCUUCUUCCUCCUCCUCCUCGUCAUGCGACCUCUCGACCAUAUGCUCCACGUCGACCUCGGGCCCGUCGCCGAAGCGGAAAGCGGGGCGGAGGAAGUUCCGGGAGACGCGACACCCGAUGUACCACGGGGUGAGGGAGCGCAACGGCGGCCGGUGGGUGUGCGAGGUGCGCGAGCCCCAGAGGAAGGGCCGCAUCUGGCUGGGGACGUUCCCGACGCCGGAGAUGGCCGCCAGGGCGCACGACGUGGCCGCCAUCGCCCUCCGGGGCAGCUCGGCCCAGCUCAACUUCCCCGACUCAGCCUGGGCGCUGCCCCGAGCGAAGUCGACCGCCCCGGAUGACGUCCGCCGUGCCGCCGCAGAGGCUGCCGAGAUGAUCCCCCCUUCGAAUUCAUCACCACCGUCGUCGACUGCGCCACCAGCCGGCCAAUCAACAGCCGCUGGGAUUACUCCUCCGGGGAGGGAUGGGGUGGAGGCUAGCGCACCGCCGGCGGCUCCGGUGUUGGUGGACGAGGAGGCGCUGUUCAGCAUGCCGGGGUUGCCGGAGGACAUGGAGAGGGGAUUGCUGGUGACGCCACCAUCGAUGGGCGCACCGCCGGCGGCUCCGGUGUUGGUGGACGAGGAGGCUCUGUUCAGCAUGCCGGGGUUGCCGGAGGACAUGGAGAGGGGAUUGCUGGUGACGCCACCAUCGAUGGGCGCACCGCCGGCGGCUCCGGUGUUGGUGGACGAGGAGGCGCUGUUCAGCAUGCCGGGGUUGCCGGAGGACAUGGAGAGGGGAUUGCUGGUGACGCCACCAUCGAUGGGCGCACCGCCGGCGGCUCCGGUGUUGGUGGACGAGGAGGCGCUGUUCAACAUGCCGGGGUUGCUGGAGGACAUGGCGAGGGGAUUGCUGGUGACGCCACCAUCGAUGCUCGAAGGCUUCGAUGGGGAUGGUGUGGACGAGUGUCUCAUGGACCUGUCGCUGUGGUAGUGCGCGUGUGACCAAACCAGUAGUGUCUUUGGUAGUCAGUCAGAUUCAGACUCGGUAGUAUCCAUCCAUAUAAGAGAGAAGUCUCAUUAGAUAGGGGUGGCAAUGCCAAUGCCAUGUCCUAAAAGUCCCGUUGGUCGCCGUGCAUGGGGAUGACGACGUGGAAAACAGACCUCAAUAAUACAGUAGUCUUGUGGUAAGGGAGACUAGUCUUUUAGUGUAUUUUCUAGAUGUUUAUGGUACAUUAAAAUGUUACUUGUGAUCUAUCUAUCUAU